UGGGAACUGACAACAUCAGGGAAGUGAAGUGAGGAACUCAGCCGAGGACAAGCAGCGUCGUUGUGUCUUCGCCUCUUUCUGGAGUCAGUGUCCCCGCAGUGAUGUCAUGGUGCCGUCACACAGGCCGCUAGUGACGUCGAGUGUGUGUUAACUCAACUUAAAAACUUUCCACUCGGCGGAGGGAGACGUGUUACGUCACCAGCCGGAGCUUCCUGAACCGGAGUCAGCUCGGUAACAGGAACCCACAGCGGCAGAGGACGGAGAAGGUGAAGUAAACACAGCCCAGGGAGGAGGUUCCCCAGCGGCCCCACUGUGUCAGAGACCUCUAAGACCACCCGGAUUCCCUUUGGUUCAUCUACACGGGGGUUACACCAUGUCUCUGGUGGACCAGAGCCAGCAGUGGUUCCCCACCAGCGUCCAGGUAACGGUGCACCAGGCUCGAAACCUGCGCGUCAAGGGGAAAAAUGGCACCAACGACUCGUACGCCAUCAUGCAGGUGGCCAAAGACAAGUUCUCCACCUCAGUGGCCGAGAAGAGCGUGGCUCCGGUGUGGAAGGAGGAGGCUUCGUUCGACCUGCCGCUCUUCCACCCGGGCAACGCCGAGCGGUGCACCCUGCACGUCAUCGUGAUGCACCGGGCCCAGGUGGGACUGGACAAGUUCCUGGGUCAAGCUGUGGUCAACCUGCUGGAUCUCCAUGACGACAGGUCCCGGACCAAGACCGAUUGGUUCAAGCUGGUGGACAAGUCUGGCAAAGCAGAUAAGGUGCGAGGGGAAGUGCUGCUAGAUAUGAAGUUCAUGAGAAACAACAUGUCGGCCAGCAUGUUUGACCUUUCCAUGCAAGACAAACCACGCUCACGCAUGUCCAAGCUGAAGGACAAAGUCCGUGGAAAGAAGAAGGACGGCUUCUCUGACUCUGCCUCAGCCAUCGUUCCCUCUGUCAGCCAGGUCCUCACUGACAGUGACGGAGAUGCUGAUGUUCAGUCCCUCAAUCAGUCUCCAGGAGUGAAAAAGAAAUCAAAGCUCAAAUCCCUCUUUGGCCCUAAAUCCAACUUGCAUCGUAACAUUUCACAGUCUAUGUCUACACUGGGGGUUCUUCCUGAGAAGAACUCAUCUCUUAGUGGCAGCCGCUCAUCUGGCCUCAAUGUUGACUCACCUGAAGUGAAGAAGAAAUUCAAAUUCCUGGGACACAAGCGAUCAGGCAGCUCUGACAGCAAAGUGUCUCAGGGUCCUUUCUCCCUACUGGGUCGCUCCAAGCAGAGCAACAGUGACCAGAACAACUUUUGCGUCAACGGCAAUCAUGUGUACACAGAGGAGACGGAGUCAAAGAGUGGAUCAACUCUCAGUCUGAACAGCUCAGGCCAAGGCUCUAUUGGAGAUAUCCACAAACACACCUCUGAUGCCUCUGGCUCUGAAUCAACAGACAGAGCUAUACUGGAGCAACAGCGCCAUCAAGAGGAGGGAGAGAGACGGCAAGCAGAAGAGAAGCACCUAGCCGAAGCAAAGAGGGUGGAGGAAGAGGAGAAAUACAGGGCAGAUGCCAGGAGAUUGCAGGAGGAAGAGGAGCGCAGAUAUCAAGAGGAGCAGGAGAGGAGCAGAAAAUUCCACGAGGAUGAAGCAAGGAGGACGAAACAGAGGGAGGAGGAAGAGAAAAGAAAGCAAGAGGAAGAGCAUGGGAUGCGACAAGCAGCGGAGAAUCAGAGGCUCGAGGAGGAGCGUCGCAAUUCGGAGGAGCAGAAAAAACAGGAGGAGGCUUCCAUGAGUGACAGGCUGUCAACUCUGUUCGGAAUGAUCAGAAAGAAGGAGGAUAAAAAAGAGGAGGUGCAGCAGCAAACUAAAGAGGAGUUGCCUGAAACAUCCCCUCGCAGUAACUCCAGCAGUCUUGAUCAACCGAUCUCCCCCCAGCCCAAUAACCCAUUUGAAGAGAUUCCUCUCAGCAGUAAUGAGAGUCCAGCUGAUCUCCAGAAAUCCAGCCGUAAUCCUCAAACCCCCUCUGCCAUGGUCUUCCUCAACCGCACUGCCAAAGUGUCUGCAGUCAAACCCAGAUUGGUUCAAAUUCUGGAGUCUGAACCCCCUGAAAUCCCCAGUCAGCUGUGUCCUUCCCCAGCCGCCUCUGAGUCCACCCUCUCUAGUGUCCCGUCUGAGCCCCCUGAUAGUUUCUCCAACUUCCACUCAUCCUUGCCUCCACCGAACGUAAGCAAUAGCCUGUCUGGUUCCCCUCGUGGGAGCACAGAGGAUUUGUCAUCUGUGGAAUCUGAGGGAUCUUCACCCACCAUGGCGGACAAGAAGAAAAUAGCCCCCCUGUCACCUACGUAUCAUCCACAUGGGAACCAAACAGGAGGAAAUCCCAUUCCUGUCAGAGAGAUGUCUAUACCACUUCCUGAUUAUGAAUCCCUCUUCCCAAAGAAGAGGCACGGAGUAAAAGGAGAAACUCGGUGGGAUCAUAUUAUCGCUGAGGUCAAUCAGAAACAAAGGGACACUUCACCUGAACUUCUGGGUCCAGAGAUGAGUGUGGAUGGCCCAGUGGAGCAUGAUCAGAGUCCUAGGUCGUUCACAUCGCAAGAGAAUCCUGCCAUGAGGCCUUAUCAAAUACAACCUGAGCAAACCAAACCUAUGUCGUUAAAGAAGGCAGCGGCACCAGCUCCCCCUAAAUCAAUUGGUCAAAGCCAGUACACUGCCCAGCAGUCUGGCAUGAGACCUAACCCGUCUGCAGUGCAGGGACCGAGAAACACUGACUUAGCAAGCAGAGACGGUCUCUCUGGGAUGGCCAGGGAGGGAGCGAGGAAGGCGUUGCAGCCAUCACCCGCAGCUACACUUGCACCCAGACCAAGUAUCCAAAUGGAUACAAGUCCACCAGAAGAUCAGCAGAAAGAAGCACCUACGGCCAAACCCAGACAGAGGGCUAGCGGCAAAGAGCCAACAGAGAAAGAAGUUUCUGCUGCAGACCAGAACAGUAAUGCCCCAACAUUAUUUAGUCAGAGUGUGAGAAGCAUGGACAAAAAGAGUGGGCAGGCAAAGGAAAACUUGGUAGAGUUUGACCCGCUCCCCAGGACUGAGCUUCGAUCCAAAGACACGUGGGCACAGCACAGGCAGAAGCAGAAGCAGGAAGUUGACAACAUUUUGACUGGCAACAUCCAGAAACAACAGAAACCUGAAAUUCAGGGAAUGACAGCCAAUGAUUUUGAUAAAAUUUUUAGUCAGGAUAAGCCAACAGAUCCCUUUGCCAGUUUUAGUCGCAGCAAUUCAAACAACCAGAGUCCAAAAAGAAAAGACUCAGAGCAAGCGGGCUUUCAUGCUUUUCAAAGAAAGAAUUCACAGAGACGGAGUCUUACAUCAAAAACUCCCCCGGAAGAUAAAGGUCUCCAGUCUCAACAAGAGUCAGCAUCUAAAGAAGGAACAACCAAAAUGGCAGCUAAGCAAGACCUCGUCACAAACGAUGUCAGGAAGGAGCCUUUCGCACUUCAGCCUCAAGCUGACGUGAAGACCCAGAGCGGUUUUUACAAAGAAGAGGAUCAGUUUGGAGCUGAACCUUUUGCUGUUCCCUCUGCAUUGACUUCCUCUGAGGCCCUCCAGGCUAUUACGGAGGAACCAGGGGCUCUGUCUGGGGGAAAGACAUUUUUGCAAAAGUGGGUCUCACCGUCUGAGGUUCAGCCUGUCAGUGCUCAGAAUAGCAAUGGAGGUGGGCAAGCCUUAACGGCACGCAGGCCUCACCCUGUGAAGCCCCUGACCUCAGUUGAGAGCCAAUAUGCUACCAGCACCAAAACUGGGAAAGAGAUAAAGGUCCGGGACAGUACAUCGGGAAAGAUUAAGGUGGCAGACCCAUUAGACAGUGGACCUUACACUCAGCUCACCCAGGGGGAGUUGAUCUCACUGGUGGUGAGGCAGCAAACAGACCUGUCCAAGAAAGACGCCAAAAUUGGGGAGCUGGAAGAGUACAUCGACAACCUGGUGGUCCGAGUCAUCGAGGAGAAACCCAGUAUCCUGCAAGCCUUAAACGCAGCCAAGCAGGCGUAAGGCCGUGGCUGCUCAAAUGACAGAGGCCCACUCGGGGACCCAGUUUUGUCUUUCUUGUGCGAGUUUGUACGGUUGUCACUGUGUCAUCGUGUUCUCUCAGUGCAGAUUGUCACUGAGGGAGACGAUCUCCAUGAAGGUCUUAGAGCAUAUGCACUUUCUUUAACUUUCAGAGUCAGAUGUUUUUUCACAAUGCUGGAAAAUGUCUCUGAACUAAUAAUUACUUCAUAACAAGCAAGUGAAAAUCUUUAUACAAGCAGAUGAAUGUAUUUGUUUCGACACUAAGGUACUGGAAUUUGCUUUUAAUUGUUACAUGAAAAUAUUUUCAUUAUCUUGAUUUAUAUUUCAUACUUGAUUAGAACUCGGGUUGAGCGUUAUUUAAUAUACUUAAUGAGAAGAAAGGUUUUCUCUUACUCUGGCCUUUUUCAUUUUUACUCUUCACACUUAGUGUAACUUGAUGCAUGACCAUAUACUCAACCACAUACGACCAUUCCAAAUACAUGCUCCAUCUUGUUAAGGUCAGACUUUAUUAGUAUUGUCUUGUAAAUAUAUUUGCAGUACAUUUAAUCGGCUGUCCUGCAAAUAUUAACUAGGAUUUUUGCCCUCAUGAGCUUUAUAUUUAGAUUAUGUAAAAAAAACAAGUGCACAUUUCUCUUUCUUUUGCCUCCUUCACUUACGUCUUAUUUUACUGUGUUUCUUAGUCCAUUUAGCAGAUGUUCAACAUUCCUCACAUGUUUAACUCACCACAGUUGAAUGUCAGCUGGUCUUCCAGGCCUUAAAGUAUAUUGUGCCUACACUUUUGCUUCAAAGAGGUUUCUAUUUAGAAAACCAUGAAAUCAAUAAAAGCAACAAGCUACCAAAUACUGUACAUCCUUUGAAUAACACAACAGUUUUUUCCUCUCGUUUAUGUGGUUGUAAUCUAGCCGGUGCACUAUGUGGAAAAUAUAAUAUUAUGCAAGAAAUAUUACAGAUUAAGUUUCUUUAAUAAUAAUUUAAGACUUUGAUCGUUUUGAUAUUUGUGUUCUAUUUAUAUAAAAUAAAAAUACAGAAAUGAUUAAAACCUAAUCAUCAGGGGAACAGUCGCAGAGUCCGUAAUAACCAGCAUGGUCUUUGUAUUUGAACUACAAUCAUGAACGAAAACCUGCAUCUUUGCCUUCACAUUAUAAUCCUCUUUGAUGUCUUGGCAGAAAAUAAAGCAAUAUUACAUUUUCAGAAUGUGAAAGCUGUGCCUUCAAAAUCUUUUUCAUUACUUUAAUGUUUGCUGGAUGGAGAGUCUUUGGCUCCAUCUCUUCUUUUACUGUGGCGAGAACACAAACAAUGUGCAGAAUGUACAGUUGAUAUUUCCUGAUGUUUGUCCGACAUGAAAAUAAUCAUUCAAUCAAUGUCAAACUUCUCAAAGGAGUGAUGCUGAUUUUAAAUUUAAAUAAAGACACCAGUUAUUUCACCA